AUGAAUCCAUACUCAUAUCAAUCAAAAAUAUCUGACGAACUUCCAAUAACAAAAGAAAAUUCAGGAGCUUAUGAAUCGGAAGAGGGAAAAAAUAUUUUGUUACACUAAAAUAGGGUUAAAUUAGUAAUUGGUAUAAAAUAGAAAAAAACCUUGGGAGGGAUAUGAGACAAUAUCUAAAAUUUUAGGAGCCUUUGGAGUAAAAAGUUAACAAUUUUAAGUAAAGAAAUAUGUUAUAUAAAACUUGAUAAAUAUAAAUUUUAAUCAUCUCCAUUAUAAUAGCAAGGAGAGGUUAAAGGCUUCUAUGGUGAUAUUCUUAUAUUUAGAAGUAAUGCAUUUAUUAUGUAUGUAAGGUUAUAAAUUCAGAGAAUCUUUUGACUUAAAUUAAUAACUACAAUGUUGUUUCUUAUCAUAAUUUUACUCAUGAGUUUGCUUUAUUUUAAGUAUGAGAGAUUGGUAAAUUUAGUUAUUAUUUUUUGAGUAUGAUAAAUCUGAACUUAAACUAUUUGUUUCUAAAAAUUUGAUAUUUUGCAGCAUUAAUGGUAAGCUUAAUUCAUGCUCUAAAACAUAGUAAAAAAAUGAAAUAUAUAAUUAAGAGGGAUUUAAUAAUUUAUAUAAGAUCAAGAAAUCAAAAAAACUAAAUAGAUAUAUAUGUGAACAAGCAAUUCUAGAGUGUAUUUAUGUUUUAACUUUAUUUCAAUAUAUUAUUUUAAAAUUAGGAAUUAAGUUUUUUAAACUUAAUUACCUAAUUUACAAUAAUAAGAAUUUAAACGAAAAAUUGUAAGCUCUAUUUUAGCUACCGAUAUAGGAUACAAUAUAUUUGGUAGUUUUAAAGACAAAGUAGAACCAACUUUUAAUCUGAGUUAAGAUUCUACUAGUAUUACUGAUCCACUAAUUAAAUUA